AACCAGGAGUGGACACUGAAGGAAGCAUCCGUGGUCUGCAGGCAGCUGGGCUGUGGCCAUGCCGUGGGCGCCCCCAAGUACGUCCCGCUGCCUGGAGAGGUGGUGCAGCCCUGGCUCCACAACGUGUCCUGCAGGGGCGACGAGUCCUCCCUCUGGGGGUGCAGCCUUGGGGCAUGGACGCGGAGCCAGUGCCCUUACGAGUGGGUGGUGGUCGCUCUGUGCUCCAACGGUACUUUCCGGGCGGUCCGGCUGGUGCAGGGCCGAAGCCCCUGUGCGGGACUCCCUGAGAUCAGGAACAUGAACUCGGUGGAUCGCCUCUGUGGUCUGCACCAGGAGGAGGCCACGGUGUUCUGCCAGGAGCUAGAGUGUGGCCCCGCGCUCCAGGCCCCCCGCCAAGGUGGGGACAGCGCCAGGAAGUACAUGACCUGCAAGGGCACCGAGCCAACCAUCCGGAACUGCAGACUGAACAACAACCUUCGCAGCGGCUGUGACUUCCAGCAAGACGCCCAGGUGGUCUGCUCAGGACACAUAGAAGCACGGCUGGUGGGUGGAGAGCACCCCUGCGCUGGGCGCCUGGAGGUGAGGCGUGGCCUGACCUGGGGCACUGUCUGUGACGCUGACCUGGACCUAGCCACCGCCCACGUGGUGUGCCGGGAGCUGCAGUGUGGUGUGGCCGUGUCCACAUCUGGGGACGCCCGCUUCGGCCGGGGCUCGGGGCCCGUGUGGACGGAGGCCUUCCACUGUGAGGGCCACGAGUCCCUACUGUUCCACUGCCCUCGGGGGCCCGGGAACCAGUGCGGGCAUGGCCAGGAUGUGGGGCUCAGGUGCUCAGAGUUCCGGCUGGUGAACGGCAGCAGCGGCUGCGAGGGCCGAGUGGAGCUCCAGGUUCAGGGGGCCUGGGCGCCCCUCUGUGCCGCCCACUGGGACUUAGAAGAUGCCACGGUCCUCUGCCACCAGCUCAACUGUGGCAACACAGUGUCCAUACCCCCAGGAGGCCAUUUUGGGGAUGGGGGCUCAGCCAUCUGGCCUGACGCAUUUCACUGCGUGGGGACAGAGCCCUACUUGUGGGACUGCCCGGUGAGCACCCUGGGGGCCCCCGCCUGCGCCCCUGGCAAUGCGGCCGCCGCCGUCUGCUCAGGUCUCCCCCACGCCCUGCGGCUGAGGAACGGACAGAGCCGCUGUGAUGGCCGUGUGGAGGUGUCCCUGGACGGAGUGUGGGGCCGCGUCCUGGACGACGCAUGGGAUCUGCGCAGCGCUGGCGUGGUGUGCGGGCAGCUGGGGUGCGGAGGGGCCGAGCAAACCUACGAGGCGCCGGCGCCUGGGCGCGGGGCUGUCCCACUGGGGCUGAGCAGCGCACGCGGCCAGGAGUCUGCGCUGUGGCAGUGCCCGUCGCGGGGCUGGGGCCUGCACGACUGCGGGCACAAGGAGGACGCCAGUGUCGUCUGCUCAGGUGACAGGGAGACCACGGUCCUGCCCCCUGCAUCAGGCCCUCCUCUGAAAGCUCUACCUGCCUUCAAGGCCCAGACGCUGCCCAUGACCUUCUGCCUGGUCCUCAGCUCCCUCCUGCUUGUCAUCUCACUGGUCCUGGGGAUACAGUGGUUCCGGGGCAGAGGAGCCUGUAGGGGUUCUGGAAUGUUGGGAACUCUGCCCUCAGAAGGUGUUUAUGAGGACAUCGGAGCUGUUCCCGGCGGGGAGAAAGACGAGGGGCCUGGCGUGUCCUGGGUGCUAGCGCAGGAGGAGGAGUAUGACGACGCAGGGGAGCCCGAGCCCGGCUCCGAGGAGGAGGAAGCAGAGGACGGCACUCCCCUGAGCUCCGUGGGUGGUGCUCUGCACAGCCUGGGCCUCCUCCAAGCUCAGGCUGGGAACGAAGACCACAGCAGCCUCUGGCCCAGGACGUGCUGACUGUCAGCUGGCCGUGGGGGACACCAGCGAGACCAGAGGGUGGGAGAGAGCCCAGUGUGCCUGGGGGCUUUCGUUUUCCUUGUUUCUUAAAGAGAUUUAUUAAAUCAUGCAUCCUUAAUUCAUCUCAGAAACUUCCCUCAUAUGCCCUCGUGGCCCAGGUUCUGAUUUUGGCCUCUUUUCUGCCUCCCCCUGGUCUGCUGUGGCUUCUGACGUUUUUCAGUGGUGUCCUCACCACGGCCUCUUGUGCGCACGCUUCUCCCAGGGUGUGGGGUGGGGAUCCCUGAUGAACCAGCUCAUGGCCACCCUCCUUUCUUCUGCAGACAGGGCUCCAUCUAGUUCAAGUGUUGUGCCAGAUUCUCCAGCACUCACAGCUGUCCUGCUCUGAUGACCCCACUGAACUCUUUAUGACCACACCCUCCCUGACCACACCUCCCUGACCACACCUCCCUGGUCACACCCUCCCUGGCCACACCUCCCUGAC